AACCAUCUUUAUUCUAAGUUCACUGCCAAUGACACAUGUUGUAGCUAAACAUGUCAAAAAUAUUAUAAUUCGUACGCAUCCCGCACAUGUGUACGCGAAUCUAACCCUUAAUCGCUUAACAUAAGUUCAAAUUAAACUUCAGUUUCCCGACUCCGCUCCGUCAAGCGUCAGUUGCCCGACCGACGCGGCGCGCGUCUCACGCAUCUGACCUCCAUAGUCGUAUAACGAUCCUAAAACGCAACGAUCAAUUAAAAACAUAAGACCUACAAUGCAACUACGCCAAAGCACGUGCUCACCCGUCCAAUCAUAGGAACACGAGGGCUACCGUCGCGUCUCGGCCAGCCAAUCGCGGCUCGUUUACGAUUUCACCACGGAAACCGCCGAUCGCACCCGACAGGAGCCGAAGCGGACAUCGACAACCCCCAGUGCAGCUGCAACCCCCAACAUGGCUGCCGCCGUGGCCCACAAGCCGGCGAUAACAAAAAAACCUUCAAUUAAAAAAUAUAAAGCGCCCACGCCGCCUGUGGAGGAAAAUUGUGACAGUGAUAAGGACAAGGAAAAUAAUGUGGUUGCUGAAGAAAAUCAUAAUAAUGAAACUAAUUGUGUACAAACGAAAGACUCUCCUAUUAUCAAACGCUUCGCGCCAAAAACUAAUAGCGAUAGAAGUUCGGUUCUAUCCAGGGCAGCUAUGUUCGAAGCUGGGAGUCCGAAGGCUAAGGACCCAGCAGAGAUGUCCCUUAGAGAGCGUAAAGCCCUAUUUGAGAAGAAUAAAGGGGCCGCUAUCGUGCCUAAAGCACCGUUCGGCCAGGCACCCUCCGCUAAAACCCUCAUGGGGGACAAAGACAAAAAACCAGCAGUACCAACCACACCGACAAAAACUAGACGAAACUCCCAAGACGAGGACAGUAUUAGUGUGACCUCAGUCGGCGGGAUCAAAGGCAAACUGGCCGCUCUGUUUAACAAGGAGCAGACGAUAAGCGAGACGACCAUAGCCAAUAAGUUCAAGCAGGAAAGGGAGAGGGAGAUGGAGAUGUUGCAGAAUAGAUUUCAUUAUAAGCCAAAACCCGAGCCAGAACAGCCAAACGACUCAGACGAGGACCAAAAUGACAAUGACCCCUCAGAGAAGGCCCCUCUCAUGGGCAGCACCACCAGCCUGACCCCUAAGAAACCUGAAGUCAUCGCUAACAUACCCAAAGUGACGUUCGAUGAGGCCAGGAAAGCUGAGGAGAGACGGGAAAAGAUCGAGGAGAAGAUUGCUGGCGCGCAGCCUGUUAAGAGACGAAGUUCCCAAGACUCGCCCGUAGUCCUAUCCGUCCUAGAAGACGUAAAAAGAAUAAAAGUGACCAAGAAGAAGGAGCCAAACGGCACGGUCACCAGCCAACCGGCCAGUAUAUACCCGCAUCUAUCCGAUAUAGAGACAGACAACUCCAAUACUCAGGACGAAUACUCAGAUUGCGGAGGCUCAAGCCAAGAGAACAUAAAUGACAAUUUGAAUAAAUCUGACAACUGGGCAGAGACGUCUUUCGGGCGAGAAGUUAUGAAUGUGGUAAAGAACAAUUCAAGCUACAAAAAAGCAGUAAAAGAGUCAGACUCUGAGGACUCCCAGAGCGACUGCAACAGUGAGCUGGACGAAUUGUUGGACGAGGCGCUGGACGAGAGCGAUGGACCCACUCCGCCUAAACUUAACAAGAACGGCAGCCUAUCUUCAACCAGUUUCGUGUACCAGGACAAGGAGAAGCAGUUCAAGUCGCCGCUGAAGACGCAGCCGGCCACGCCGCGCGCCGACAAAGGCUCGGAGCUGGUGCACAGCGUCAGCUUCUACAGGAGGAUGCAGAGCGCGUCGUCAACGCCAUCGACGCCAAUGCGCGUCAUCCGGCACACAUCACCAGAGCGGGAAAUCCCGGCCACGCCCGAUGAGCCCGCAGUGAACGUGACGACCGUGCGACAGCGGAUUAAAGAGCUGCAGGCUGAAGUCGCUAAACAGCAGACAGUUAUAUCACAGGCCAGCCAAGCUCUGAACCUGUGCGCGGCCACUAUAGAGUUCAGCGGAUCGACCGAACAGGCGGAAGGCGAACGGUUACUUUUACUUGCAACCCACCGUCGCCAAGCGUGCCUCCACGAGAUCCAGCGCUUGCAGGUGGAAGGCGCCGGCGCGGGCGCAGCGCCAGGCAUGGCAGCCAUACACAUCGACAGUCUCAGCGUGCCAUUACGUAGAGAAUACGUGCGACAACUCAACGCAGAUGGCGCCGUAGGUCACCACGCAGUGUGCCUGCUCAAGUGCCGCGAUCGAGUGCUAGCCACCAGCAUGCAGCUGACGCAACCCACCAGCCAUCUGUUACACUUCCCUGAUGAAAUCCGCAUGGAAGGACUCGCCAGCGACUUUAAGAUAACCGUGGAAGUUUACUUGCUGCAAGCUUCCAAGGAAAUACUACCACAUGAGGUUAAAUACCAUAUCUCGAAUAAAAAGUGUAACAACAAGCUCCUGACGCCCAAGUCCAAAGUGUCUGAGCUGAAGACGCCGCGAGUCCAGAGUCCGGGCGGGCCUCUCUCCGUGCGCAGCCCGCAGCUGCAGCUGCACGGCUACUGCAUCUUCGCGCUGCAGCAGGCCAGCCGCAAGAGCUUCACUCUCAACAAGGUCCCCGGCGGCAGUCCCCUGGAGGGCUCCAUCAACCUCGGCAUCAAGGCGCGCCUGCGCGUGUCCGCGCCGGCGCCGCACGCGGCCUUCCUCACCGCCUUCGACGACGUGUCCGGGCUCGGCGCCUGGCACCGCCGCUGGUUCCGCCUGCAGCCACCCCGUCUCGCCUACUGGAAGUACCCUGAUGAUGUCCAGAAGAAGAUGCCGAUCGGCGACAUCGACUUGACAACCGUAAUCUCUGACAAGAUCGUGCGCGCGCCGCGCGACCUGUGCGCGCGCCCCAACACCCUGCUGCUCGAGACCACCGUGCCGCGCGGCCUCAUCGUACCCGACUCCGGAUCCCUAGUAUACUUCAAGCGGGCCGACGGAGCCGUGGUCAGGAGGCAUUUGCUAGCGGCCGAUACGCCGAAGGAUAGGGACGAGUGGCUGGAGUGUCUUAAUAAGGCGCUCGAGUACGUCAGGUGCUGUCCUGAUGACGAAUAAUAUUUAAUCUCUAGGUUAAGCUCUGUAUAUCUAUGGUACUAGAUUCUGAAUAGAAUGUACUUUAACGGUCUGCCGGUACCGUGGUCAGGAGGCAUGUAUUAGCCGUUGAUACAGCAAAGGAUAGGGAUGAGUGGCUGGAGUGUCUAAGGCGUUUGAGUAUGUCAGGUGCUGUCUUGAUGAUGAAUAGAGAGUUCAUACAGUUGUUAUAUUAGAAUGAUGUAUGCUCAUAGUACCAGAUUAAGGCUCUCUAUACUUUAAACGGUCCGAAAUAUCAUAGCCUCCUAAGGCCCAAGGUCCUACCUAUAGUACUUAUGCAGUUCGAUGAAAUUUAAAUCAUAUUCAAUUGGAGCAGAGUCGCGUUUGUUUUGUUUCGUUCAAUUUUCAAACAAAACCAAAAUCAACUCUAUUCCCUGCACUAAAGUCAGUUCAAAUUUCAGUGGCAAAUUCAGGAUUUUUCAUUUGUAUGCCUUAGGAGGAUAGUCAGGAGACAUCGACUAGCUUUUCAAACAAAGUAGCUUUGUAUCAUUUUACCCUCCUUAGGGUGGUAUUCCAUUCCAUCUGUCAAAUUUCUUUGUCCAAUGUCAUUGCUUCUUUCUCAUUAAAGCCAAAUUUAAAAAAAAAAUGUGAGCCGCAAUACUUACAUUGGACAGAUGGAAUACCUACCACCCUUAGGAGAUAUACACACUCUGAUAACGCGUUGAGGGUGUUGUCUGGGCAUGUUUUUGUUAGAUUGGAUGUUUGCAUUGCCUAUAUUACUUUAGAUAUCUUUUUAACAUUAUAAUGACGAGGCCCGGUGCCAUAGCAUGAAAACCUACAAUAUUAAUCAAAAUAUUAAGAAAUAUCGAGAUUAAACUCUCUUAUUGUUAGCAAAGAGAAUAUAGACUAGAAGGAUGUUGUCAAAGUAAAUUAUGUAGUCAGUACAUUUACUGCCGUCUUUCGACACAAAUGAUUACCACUUUUAGAAGCCAUUUGACUCUGAUCAUUAUUUUUCCGAAGUCAAAUGGCGCUCUAAAAUUGUUAAUCAUUUGUGUCGAAAGAUGGCAGUAAAUGUACUGACUACAUAAUUUACUUUGACAUAUCCCUCUAUUUCAAUUUUUCUUUGCUGCUAGUACAAAAUAUUUAACACAUUCUCACAUACCUUCGUCUCAAUAACACUGUUAGUUUUAGUAUUUUUCUGAAGUACACUUGAGAUAGCUAAAAAUAGCUAUAAAUGCAUUUUUGUCCAUUUUAUUCUUCACCGACUGUAUCAAUAUACAGUCAAAUACAAUCUGUUGUAUUACAUGUUUAAUUUUUAAUAUGAUAUUAGAUAAUGUUUUUUUUUUUUUUCACGCCUAUGAAAUAUUCAUAAUAUUAAUACUCUUGUAAAAUAUCUCUCACGAAAGUUUAAUAUCGAUUAAUACUCUUAUAUUAAUGUAGCACCUAACCAUAUUUCUAGGGUCCAAUAUAAUUUUUAGACUGAUAUUUAAAAAUAGUACAUAUGACUGUGUCCUUAGAAACAGAAAUGGUUUGAAUAUUUGACCUUUGCGAUAAUUAUGUUGACUUGUAAUUUUUUUUAAAUGAUAUUUUUUUUAAAGAUAGCAUUGCACAUAUGAAAACUGUUAGAGCGUUUUCACAUUGUCCUAUCCGAUAUGGGAUGUUGAAAGGAAGUAAAAUGUAAGAUAUAUGUGUUUCUCUGUAUUUAUUUGAUCUGUAUGUAUUUAUUUAAUCAAUCCUUAUUACUAAAAAACGAUAAAUAACGCAAAAAGGCGGACUUAAUGCCAAUGGCACUCUCCUGCAGCUGUUUUUGUCAUAGUCUUCCGACAUCCGAUAUCGGUUCGACGCUUCCGAUAAAUUCAACCAUGUCGGAGCCUCCCGUCAGCUGUCGGACCGAUAAUAUUUAUUUGUGUGCGUAUGUGUAGGCAUAAUGCUUGUUGUAGUGUGCGUGACCGCUAUAGUUCGUUUUUUUAGCAUUAGAAAUAAGGUAAGCGACCUUAACAUGUCUUUUAAUUGAAAAACUCUUUUUAAAAUAGUUAUUUAUUACUCAUGACAGCAGAAGAAUAUAAAUGAUACUAUUAAAUUCAUAAUUGUUACAUAUUUGCCGUGACUUAUUUUUAAUCGUGUUUUUCAAUUAAAAGACACAUCAAGAUUGUUUACCUUAUUUCUAAUGCUAAAAAAACGAACUAAACGCGACGGCGCCCCCGCGGUCUGGGCUAUAACCGCGAAAAUCGAAGUUCGCAAAUUGCGCCUUCAUUGGAGUAAAAGAGGGAGAUCCCCGCAAUUUGCGAAUUUCGGUUUUCGCGGUAGCCGCUCUGACUACGAGGAUGUAGGAUCCUACAUCCGGAUUGGACAGUGUGAAAACGCUCUUAUAACAAACUAUUUCAAGAUACCAUAAAUUAUAAUUUAAUGUCAUUGACAUCACUUACCUAACAUGGUUCCGUACUUACGGUCAGCACACAGUACCUUUGGGAGUUAGAUUUUAGCGUGGUAAAGUAUUAUCCUUAGCGAUCAUAAUAUUCAACAUUAGGUUAGUGUUGUUUUAUGUUUUUAAAAAGGUUCUAAAGUGCUCUUUUUUCUGUGUCUUAGAUAGCAAAUAACUAAAUACUAACUUUAUUACGAGCACAUAUAUGUUUGGUCAAAACUCUACAUAAGCAUAUAUUUCAUUAAUUUUUGAGGUCGAACAUGAAGUGACUUGCAAUUUACAAACUUUAAAUAUAUUUUCAUUCUGUUUUCAGCAAGAAAAACCUAAUUAUAAAUACGUAUUUUCUAAUAAUACGUAUUUCUAGUGGGCAGACCACUGACUUUAUUAGACUGCACUCCCGUUCCCCGUUAGUACUUCCUGCCCUGCCUGUGUUAUUUUUAACCCAUUUCAACCCCUUCAGAAAUAAUUUUUGAUAUGAAAAAGUAAUAUAGAUAUGAAAAAGUAUUAUUUAUAGUUCUGGCCAAACAUAUUACUUUGUAACUUUAUAAUUGUAUUUGAUUUAAAGUAUAAUUUGUUAGUUAUUAUAAUUUUUACAAUUUCUUUUUUAAUCCACAAUUUGAACCACCUAUUAACAAUUUUAUGAAUACUAGUAUAAUUUCAUAGGAUUAGUUAUUUUAUAGACGUGCACAACUGUGUGCUUAAUAUAAUGCAACAUAUUCACGAGUGUAAUAUAGAACAUAUAACGAUAUGCGCAUUUGUAUAUAAAAUCAAUUUAUGCAAUAAAAUGUAUUUAAGUUUUAAA